AAGAAACUGACUACUUUAAAUUGGAGAUAGUCUCAAUGGUGCUGCCCAUGCUGUCACAGACCCUAUAAUUGCACAGAUACAAACAUUGGUCUUCUAUCUAUCUCUAUGUGUCAAACACACUUACGGCGCCGCCGCAACCGUUUCUGGGAGGAGAAUGCUUUCGAUGAGAGCUGCAAUUCAAUCCCAGGAACGUUGCAAUGCCUUGUUUCACUGAUGAGGUUUGGGUAUAGGCACCGUGUGAGUGUCAUUGGUAAUCGCAACAGAGGAGGAUAAGAUUCGCUAAUAAUAAACUUUAUCGCGGGUAGAACGAAGGACAUUAUUUAUCAUCCAGUCUACUAGCUAGCUGAAGAUUUCGGCUUGAUGUUUACUGGAGAGAGAGUGGAAGUGGACAUCAUGGGCACGACAUUAACAUCCAACGUGUUGAAGUAAAGUGGACCCACGAGACUGCUUAAAACCCAUCCCCAGCCAUGGCAGGCUUCAAGCGAGGGUAUGAUGGCAAGAUUGCAGGGCUCUAUGACCUGGACAAGACGCUGGGCCGGGGCCACUUCGCCGUGGUCAAACUGGCGCGCCACGUCUUCACGGGGGAGAAGGUGGCGGUCAAGGUCAUAGACAAGACCAAGUUGGACACGGUUGCCACGGGUCACCUGUUCCAGGAAGUGCGUUGUAUGAAGCUGGUGCAGCACCCCAACAUUGUCCGGCUCUACGAGGUCAUUGACACGCAGACCAAGCUCUACUUGAUCCUGGAGCUGGGCGACGGAGGAGACAUGUUCGAUUACAUCAUGAAGCACGAGGAGGGCCUCAGUGAGGAGCUGGCCAAGAAGUACUUUGCCCAGAUCGUCCAUGCCAUCUCCUACUGCCACCGGCUGCAUGUGGUGCACCGUGACCUCAAGCCGGAGAACGUGGUGUUCUUUGAGAAGCAGGGAGUGGUGAAGCUCACUGACUUUGGCUUCAGCAACAAGUUUCAGCCAGGGAAGAAGCUCACCACCAGCUGUGGCUCGCUGGCUUACUCUGCCCCAGAGAUCCUGCUGGGAGAUGAGUACGAUGCUCCGGCCGUAGCUCCCCUUGUGUACCAAGAUGGGAAUACCGUACAUCCCUGGAUGAGAGAAACACAUGAAGGUUGUGAGGAUUCUCAAUACCACACUGUCUAGCGAAAACCAUGUGAUGUGAUUUGUUAACGUAGCUAGAACAGACUGUGGCACAAAGCAGCCUCCUAAAUGUUUUCAGUCAGACAUUCACACUUGCCAU